AUGGACCUGAGCCCUGCUAAUUACUUUACAAAAGUGUCAAGGGAAAUAAGCCUUAACAAACGUGAAUACUGUACAAUUACGCGCGACUCUAUUCAUAGCCUCGAGAAGGCUUGGUCAAGCCUGGAGUCCAGGCUCACAGCAACUCUUCACUGCCUCACCUCGGCAAUAGCUGUCUGGGGCGAGCUGUCCAUUCGUCAGGCCGCCCUUGAAUCUUGGUUGGUGCAAUGCGAAGCCGAGUUGGCUCGACUUUCCAAAGGGCCAUCAAUUGAGCCCGUUGCUCCAUCAACUGCAGCCUCGACGUCAACGAAACUUCCUUCGGCACCUGACUACGAGUUCCCUACAGAGUCGUCGACAUUACGCGCUCAGGAGAGAUGGCUGGCCGCAUGUAGGGAACUAAAUGAUAAUUUGAAAGGUCGAUCCGAAGAAGUAGUGAAGUUGACACAGGAGCUGAGUGAGGCGGUCAGCCCGGAAACUGUGGAAACCUGCAACAAACCCGAUCUUCUUCGACGUAUCAAUGACCUGGAGACCGAAUCCAAG